AUAAAUAGUAUAAAUAGUAUAAAUUGUCCAGUUUUGUUUAGAAACCGAAGGAAAAUUGGAGAUAAUUUAUCGCAAUGCUAAACGUUCGCAAAUGGACUAUCUUCUGUUUGUCGAACAAGUUCCUUUAAACGUCGUAAACAUUUUUAGAGAUAACUUAAUCUUCGGCGUACACGUGUCGUACGAUAUAUUAUCGGCCGUAGAUGAAUAAUUUCCAAACGACGCGCGCACUUCAACUGAAACAAUCCGCAGCUCGAAGAACUGUAUCCGCCAAACAGGUAUCCGCCUGUACACUAUGAUAAUGAAGAGCGCAGUGUCUCAGCAUACCUGACCAAGUUCUAGCUCAGGCACUACGGGAGAGGGGGUACGGCUAACGAGUGUGACGCAUCAUGGCGGCUAGACGACUAAUUCUAGGGGAUCCUUUCCCAAGUGUAUGGAGAAGACAUUAGCCUAGGAGAAAGCGCGUAAUUAAUUAUACCGCGGAUUUCACGCACUUGUGACAAAAAUCAUUAGUAUACAUUCCAAGCAAUCGAGUCAUUCAAAGAAUAUAAAGACGCUAUCGUAUUAUGUUCAACUCGUUCAAGUGUUUGUUGAACUCCUGCAUUUUGCAAUCAGUGCGAUCGACGUUUAUUUUGCACAAAGAUCUGGAAACGCGUGAACGCGUAAUAAUUAAACGCACAAUCCCCGACGACUUCGCAAUUAUUAUUACGAAUUUUUACGAAUUUUUAUUAUGUUAGAAGAUAGACGAAGCUUCAGGAGAUAAACAAAAAAAUACCAUAAACGCGCGAGAUUCGCAGUUCGAUUCGACAGAAGAUCUAUUUUCACCGCAAUUUACCGAGCGGAUCGACGCGCGAUCAUAAUCUUGAUAUAACCUUGACAAAAAUCAUUAGUUCAAAUUCCAAACAAUCAAGUCAUUUAAAGAAUUUAAGAACGCUAUCGUAUUAUGUUCAACUCGUUAAAAUGUUUAUUGAACUCCUGCAUUUUGCGAUCAGUGCGAACGACGUUCAUUUCGCACAAAGAUCCGGAAACGCAUAAUUAAUAUAUAUUAAUAAACGCGUAAUUAAACGCACAAUCCCCGACGACUUCGCGACGUUAGAAGAUAGACGAAGCUUCAGGGGAUAAACAAAGAAAGUACCAUAAACGAGGGAGAUUCGCAGUUCGAUUCGACAGAAGAUCUAUUUUCACCGCAAUUUACCGAGCGGAUCGACGCGCGAUUGAUUGAAAUCGAGAAUGGAGUCUUUCGAAAUCGUCAAGUUUCGAGUGUCUGCGUAGUUCUCCAAGAUUCGUUUUCUCGCGUUUACGGUUGUCGCCGACGGCUCGCAGAAUAUGGCGGAUCGAGGCCGACUUCGCCGCCUGUUUCAGCUCCAUAUAAAAUACGAACACCGCUGCCGAAGAUCCGAGAAACAACAGCAAGAACCCGGCCGCUAGUGGCAUCAGUCCGAGGACCUGGACAUCACCUUCGUAUCCGUCAUGUUCGACGAGAACCUCGCGGAGGUUCUGACUAUCGUAUCUCCGAGUGACGUCGUUCAAAUGCCAGUCGACUAUACUAGUUUCCUUUAGCGACAAUAUUAUCUGCAGAGGAGAGAGAAAACACUAUCAAGACGGAUCCCGUCAGUCUAUGUGUCAGGAGCCACUGCUGCAGGCCGAAGGCUGCGUAGAAACGUCCAAUCGGUGUUUUCAUGAGAGCCAGGAGCUUCUCGCGGGUCGGCUUCGUCGGUUUGGGCAACAUGGGUGGCCACAUGGCGAGGAACCUGUUGAAGAAGGGUUGCAGAUUGACCGUCUACGACGUUAAUGAAACGGCCAUGUCGAAUCUGACGGAGGCAGGCGCGAAUCGGGCCUCGAGCCCUGCGGAGGUGGCAGAGGAGACGGAGGCGGUGGUCUCGAUGCUGCCAUCCAAUCAGCACGUUCUGGACGUGUACUCUGGAAAACACGGAUUGCUGAGUUCAGCGAGGGAGAAGACACUUUUCAUUGACAGCAGCACGAUAGACCCGUUCGUGUCUCAAACCUUGGCAGCGAAUGCCGAAAAGCAAGCAGCUAGAUUCAUAGACGCCCCAGUCUCUGGAGGUGUGAACGCAGCCAAGGACGGCACGUUGACGAUCAUGGUCGGAGGAUCGAAGGAGAACCUGGAAUUAGCGAAGCCUCUGUUGACGAAGAUGGGCGCGAGGGUGGUUCACUGCGGGGACGUAGGCAUGGGCCAGGCCGCGAAGAUUUGCAACAACAUGCUGCUGGGCAUCAGCAUGAUCGGCACGGCGGAAGCGUUCAACUUCGGCGAAAGGCUGGGUCUGGACGCGAAGGUGUUGGCCGACAUCGUGAACUCGAGUUCCGGCAGGUGUUGGUCCUCGGAAUUAUACAACCCCGUUCCCGGGAUCCUCGACAACGUUCCCAGCUCGAAGAAUUACGAGGGUGGUUUCGGUGCAACUUUAAUGGCGAAGGACCUGGGACUGGCGCAGGCCGCCGCUGCUAAAGUGGACGCCACCAUUCCCCUGGGAUCUAUAGCGCAUCAGAUCUUUAGGACGCUUAUAUCGCAGGGAUUUUCGGACAAGGACUUCAGCGUCGUUUAUCAGUUCCUGAAAGGGCGAAAGUGAUGUUGAUCGAGGAUUUUACGAGAGGUCGUUGGAAAUAUUUGUCGCUGCAUUUGGUCCGCUUGUUUGUUUUUUUUAGUAAAAAUGUAUCGUAUUUAGUUUGUUGCUUUUUUAAAUAUUUUAUUCAUUCGAAUUUAGCUAGUAACGAACAGUCGAAGACUCGAAUGUGAGAUUGGGAGGCCCGUUUAAUUAGCUGUUGAACUAUGUCGUGAUCUUAAUUGAGGCUAUCGCAACGCGGGGUCCUCCAGCUUUAAUUUGAGUCCUCGAAAGUUUCAACAUUCCCACGGGAACACGUCUUAAAAUCGAUUCGAAGUGACCCUUCAAACUAGAUAAUUUUAUCUCCGAUCUUCUGAUCGGGAUUUAUCGAUAUAUUUUUUAUGUGAUUUCGAAUUUGUCUAGUUUCGAAAAUCGGUGUAAUUUGAAGCAUGCUUCAUCUGCAUUAAUUUGAGUUCCCUAAAGCUAACCACUGACCGCCCUGUUGCGAAAAACGAAUAAUCUGUACCAGGAUAUUUAAAAAUAGCGCUAUUUGUGACAAGUGGCGUUUCACGCGGUGAAAUCGGGAAGCUCCAGUCGAAGUUCGUACCACGUCAAUUGGUGCAGUGGUAAAACGCUUAAACUGUUAGCCGAAUUACCGACUGUCGGUGGCGAGCGUUUGCGUCGGUAAUUCUGUUUUACCAUUGCAUCGAUUGGCGCUGUACGGAUCUCGAACGGAGCUUCUGUGUAUCUCCGCAAGAGGUGCCAUUAUCGUCCACGUAUGAACAAUGCAAGGUCAUCGAAAAUCAUUAAUUAUGGCAAAAUUAGGACAUAAACAAAUAAUCCAGGGUGACUAAAUUGUUCAGUAAAAUCUAAUGCAUCGAUAUUUUAUAAAAAAGAAACAAAUUACGUGAACGCAGCUUAACAAAUAUCAUAAGGCUACUAUUGCAAUUUAUGUGUUUAUUAAGGAAAAUAUUAAUAAAAAUAUUAAUGAAAAUGUUAAUGAAAAUGUUAAUGAAAAUUUGGUUGCAGAGAGGACAACAGAAGAUGCCUUCGCUAAACUUUGAUAACGAAAAAAGGAGAAAAUAAUAAGAAAUGUAACAUGUUACUCAUUACAGACUGAAGUACAACAUACGUACAUUAAAUUUAAGAAAGCAACUAUAAAAAAAAUACACAUAAUUAUAUCAUUUCUGCAUUCGUAUAGUAAGAGACAACUUUAUCGAUCCAUUAAAUUCUUAAAUGCCGCCUU